CCGACUGCUAUGAAAAAGCGGGUCAUGAUUUCGUAAACGCAGAACAAGAAGAGAGAGAGAGAGAGGGAGAGAGAGAAACAAAAAUGUCACUGGUAGACUACGCUUCAUCGGACGACGACGUGCCGGCAGCGGAGGAGGAGGAGGAGGUGGCGGAGGAUAAUCGGAAGAAGUCGGAAAACCGCACCGUCGCAGAGCCUCAAUUCCCCAAGCACGAGCCGAGGCCUAAAUCUCCUCCCGUCAACCAGCCCAUUCUUAAGCCAAAUCAACAAUUUGAAACUAAAGAGGAGCCUUCUGUGCCUUCGGUUGAGCUUCCUGAUGCUUCUUUACUCUUGAAUUCUCCUUCAUCCUCUAGUCUUUUUAGUGGUAGCGAUCACUCUUCUCGAGUGGCAGCAGCUAUGGCUGCCAAUGCAUCUCGCAAGAGAGAAACAAAUGUUUUAGGAUCUUCUCUUCCUAGGAGUAAAGUUCCAAGAUCGAGCUUGCCUCACUCUAAGAAUGUUCCGGAUACUUCAGGCAGUUUGUUGGUUCCACCUCAGCUUACUGGAAGGAGUAACAUUGUUACUGAAGAUAUAAGCAAGCUGUUUGUGAAGAAGUCAGCCAAACCUCCCUCGUAAUGAUAAUGUGAAAGGAGAAUGAGCAAUGGCCGAAGUUUUGGUGCUUGUCUCUUCAAUCGGUUUUCAGGAACUGCAAUCAUUUGUGAUUUAUGUGCGGUACAUGAACCUUUUCCUCCUCCAGUAAUUAGCAUAACGUUAUUCCUUUUCUAGGAUGAUUAGUCUUAAUGCUUAUUUUUAAUUAACUUUAAAGAAUUAAUGUAGCAUAAGGUGCUCAUAUGAUAUCUUAAUAUGCACUGUUAUCUUAAUCGUGAGUAAAUCAAAUUUUGUCAAUGUUCUCAUA